AUGUCGUUGAGCCCAAAGCAUACUACACCCUUUUCAGUGACUGACAUUCUGAGUCCCAUUGAAGAGACCUACAAGAAAUUUAGUGGAAUGGACAACACUGGGAACCUUGGUACUCCUUUGGGGGCUUACAGACAAUCACACGUCUCUCAGGCAGGUAUGCAGCAGCAUGGCAUGGGCCACAAUGCCAGUGUUACCACCACCUACCACAUGCCACACAGUGUGUCACAGUUUUCACAUAGUGCAAUGGGAGGAUACUGCAAUGGCAGCAUUGGCAACAUGGGAGAUAUGACUUCUUACCAAGACACCAUGAGGAAUAGCGCUGCAGCUACGGGAUGGUAUGGUACCAACCCAGACCCCAGGUAUUCAACAAUUUCUAGAUUUAUGGGACCGUCAACUGGUAUGAAUAUGGCUAGUAUGGGCACCCUGCAAGGAAUAGCAGAAGCUGCAAAGUCCAUGGCUCCUCUCCAUGCAGCUCCCAGAAGAAAAAGGAGAGUUCUCUUCUCUCAAGCCCAAGUUUAUGAACUGGAGAGGAGGUUCAAGCAACAGAAGUACCUGUCUGCCCCUGAAAGAGAGCACCUUGCUAGUAUGAUCCAUCUCACUCCAACCCAAGUGAAGAUUUGGUUUCAAAAUCAUAGGUACAAAAUGAAAAGGCAAGCAAAGGAUAAAGUGACACAACAACUGCAACAAGAGAACAACCUGUGCCAACAGCAAUCCCCUAGAAGAGUAGCAGUGCCAGUUCUGGUUAAAGACGGCAAGCCUUGUCAGAACAACUCCAACACAACCACUCCUAGUCAGCAAAUUUCACAACAGCAAACCAACAGCAAUGGCAUACACUCGUCUUCAAAUGGAGCUGUCCAUCAGCACCAAAAUCAACAGGUCAACUCGUUAAACCAGGCUCCAGAUCUUGAGGAAAUGUCACCUAGUCCCCAGUCUCUUCAUAGUCAGGUCGCUAAUAUGGCACAGAUGGACAGUUCAAGUGUAGAUUACAGCAACGGUAUGGUCACCCCUACCAUGCUAUAUGGAAGAACGUGGUGA